AUAAAACUAGCCAACUUAAAGCAAUCUGAAUUUAGUACGCAUUCUAAGUUCUACACGCAUGCGGCACGCUUGCGCUCUCCUAAUAGAAAAUGCUUUCCAAAUUACUUAUCUUCCAUGCUCUCAUUGCGUUGAGUAUCGCCGAUGUCAGCCAUUUGAAACUCGCUUACUUGCCUCCUUACCACAGUAAACCACAUCACAUUGCACCAAGUCAAGAACUUGCAGCGCCGCAGCAACCACCAGUACAACACGAUGAAGUACCACAGGCUCAACUGGAUGUUAUUUUACUUGACGAAUCGGCCAAUGGUAACUCACAUGCUUUAAAGGAUGUCGAGCAAUCGCUAGAUAAUGAGCCCCUUGCAACAGCACACCAAAGCUCCACAGAUGAUAACACAGCCAGUGAGUCUGCGAGCGAUCCAUUCUUCCAACCCAGCUUUGGUGGCUUUCCAGGCGCUGGAUUUGCACCUAGCUUUGGUGGGCCAAUAUAUCCGGGUCAAGGUUUCACUGGAGCAGGCUUCCCGGGACAGGGUUUCUCAGGACAAGGUUUUCCAGCACCAGGCUUCGCAGGACAAGGUUUCCCUGGACAAGGUUUCUCUGGACCAGGCUUCUCUGGACCAGGCUUCUCUGGACCAGGAUUCUCUGGACAAGGUUUUCCUGGCCAAAGUUUUCCGGGUGCAGGUUUCCCAGGGCAGGGCUUUUCGGGAGCUACCUUCCCUGGCCAAGGUUUCCCAGCACAGGGCUUCCCGGGAGCAGUUUUUCCUGGACAGGGUUUCUCUGGCCAAGGCUUUCCAGGACCUGGCUUUCCGGGAGCUGGAUUUCCCGGCACAGGUUUCCCAGGUCAAGGCUUCCCAUCACAAGGGGGCGGUUUCCCCGGCAUACCAUACCAAACAGCUUCACAACAACAGUCUGGCGGCGAUUUCAACACACCACAGCCCAUAGACGGCCUCAACACUCGUGUGCUUACGACGCGCAUAGCCAGCGAUACAGUGUAUGGCGCAAAUGGUGGUUAUGUCUACGACAAGCCCAAAUAAUUUUUUUCUCAAUCCUAUUUUGGAAUUGCCUUUACUUUAAAAUGAUUUUUUAAUGCUAAUUUUUGCAUAGUUCGAGACUUUGAUUGCGCUGAAUCGAUUAGCAUAUUAUCACUCAGCGGACGAAGCAAUGCGAAAGUGUAACACUUAGACUUAUGUAAAACAUUUCUAUUUCAUUUUGCUACUUAAUAAUUUAUUUAUUUGAAUGAAUAUUAAUAUUUGUAAGGGUGUGAGUACAUCAUUAAUAAAUCAAGCAAGUUGCGUGAUGUCGAAAUAACAGUAAA